AUGCCAACCAAGUCAAAAAUUCUCCGAAACAUCGCUCAUGCUCCUCGUCUACGGAUCGUCAAGAAACCCCCACCCCCACCCCCGUGGUCAACUACUACUACAAAAAUGGAAUCAAUGUUCUCUUCCAAUCAAUCCCUCUGGAUUUUCGGCUACGGAUCACUCAUCUGGAAUCCCGGAUUCCAAUUUUCGACGUCACGAAAAGCGUACGCUAUCGGAUGGGCACGUCGAAUGUAUCAGGGAAACACGUACCAUCGUGGUGAUGUGAAAUUGCCAGGACGCGUCGCAACACUCAUCGAAGAAUCCAACUCGUUCACAAACGGAAUGGUGUUCCGGGUUGACGGAAAAUCAGCCAUCGCUACUGCUGUCAAGUAUCUCGAGCAGCGAGAGAUCGACAAUGGCUACGCAUUCCGUAUGGUACCUGUCCAAAUCGAGUCCUCAUCCCUUCAUCGUCACCGUCCGACGGUCGUUAUGGCGUUGACUUGCGUUGCCGAUGAACAGAACGAGCUCUAUCUGGGACCAGAUGAUCUGAUCAAAAUGGCACGUGAAAUCGUGACGGCUAAAGGAUGCGCAGGACCGAAUUGCGAAUACGUCUUGAAUCUGGCUGAAAAUCUGCGAAAAUUGUUCCCAGACGACGAAGACGAUCAUCUGUUCCAACUUGAGCAGCACGUAAGAAUGGCCAAAAUUCGGGCCUAA